AUGACGUGGUACAGGAAUCUUCCCCCCAACUCCAUCCACUCCUGGACCAAGCUCAAGGAACUCUUUUUGAGCCAUUUCACAGCCUCCCGUCGGCAACCGAAGUCAGAGGCGAACCUCGAGGCUGUGGUCCAAGGAACCAACGAACCUCUCCGAGACUACCUCGACAGGUUCAACAAAGAGGCCGUCCAAGUACAGACGACCGACUAUAUGAAGAGAUACCUCCUAGAGCGAGGACUCCUCCCCGGAAGCGACUUCAAGAAGGCUGUAAAAAUCAAGAAGGUGCACACCAUGAACGCCCUCCUCCACAAAGCCCAAGCCUUCAUCGCUUUCGAAGAAGGCGAAGCAGCGGCGAUAAAAGCUUCGAGGGGCAAUGAUGCUUCCCGCAUCUCAAACCACGACAACUCGGGCUCGCGCCGAGGACAUGAGAAAAGAAGGGACGACAGGUCCCAUGACGCCAAAGAAUGCCGAGGACCAGCCGGUCGAUUCAGCGACUAUAAUCCCCUGAACUCCUCACGCGAGAAAAUCCUGGCCGAGUGCAAAAGCACCGAAUUCAAGAACUCUAGCAUAAGACCCCCGAAGUCGAACCCCACCAGACCAGGGACCGACAAAUCCAAGUACUGCAAGUAUCAUUAG